AAGGACUUGACGAUCCUGGUCGAAAAUAAAAUAAAAAGAAAAUGGCAUCAGAGAAGAGUUUUCUUCUUGUUGUGGCUGUGCUGCUUCUGCUCUCGCCUGCACUGGGAGCAAAGGAGCGGUGCAACCCACAGGACAAGAAAGCUCUCCUUCAGAUAAAAAAGGACUUCAACAACCCCUACGUGCUGACUUCAUGGAAGCCCGAAGAGGAUUGCUGCACCUGGUACUGCGUAGAGUGCGACCGGAAAACCAACCGCAUUGUCACCAUCAACAUUUACCUUUCUGUCCCUGAGACUAAUUUCUCCGCCAAAAUCCCAGACUCCAUCGGCCUCCUCCCUUACCUCCAAACCCUCACACUCCACCACCUCCCCUACCUUACCGGCCCACUCAACCCCGCCAUCGCCAAGCUCACCAACCUCAACUUCCUCCAAAUUAGCCGCACCAACAUCUCCGGCCCGGUACCUGCCUUCCUGGCCCAGCUCAAAAAACUCACGUAUAUUGACCUCUCCUUCAACAACUUAUCAGGCUCUAUACCCCCCGAGUUAGGCCAGCUGCCCAAGCUUGAGGCCCUGCAUCUCGACCGGAACCACUUGACCGGGCCCAUCCCUGCCUCCUUCGGCUCCUUGAAGUCCAACCCGGACAUAUACCUCUCCCACAACAACCUCUCCGGGCCCAUCCCUCCCUCGUUCUUCAAACUCAACUUGACGCGGUUGGAUCUGUCAAGGAACAAGCUCGUGGGCGAUGCGUCUGGGCUUUUCGGGGCCACCAAGGCGACGGAGACGAUAGACCUUUCGAGAAAUCAGUUUGCAUUCGACCUGAGCAAGAUCAAGUUCUCAAAGACUAUAAUUUCAUUGGAUUUGAACCACAACAAGUUGUACGGUGCGCUACCCGCGAGCCUGACCGCACUAGAUAAUCUACAGCUCUUCAAUGUGAGCUACAACAGGCUUUGCGGGAAGAUCCCUGUGGGUGGGAAUCUUCAGAAGAAAGAUGUUGACUCAUAUUUCCAUAACAAGUGUUUGUGUGGUUCUCCACUCCCCAAAUGCAGCAAGUGAUCACUGAAUGCAUGUUAAUUAAUAAUGUGCUAAGUCCCAAAGUUGUUUGUUAAAUCCCGAUCAUUUGUCUUGAUGUAUCAUAUCAUGUGUGGAUGAUAGUUUGAAAAGUGAAGACUAAUGUAUCCUUUAUCAUUUGUCGUUAUCAUCUUAAAACUAA